AUGCAACGUCACACGGCCACGGUGACGGUGACGCCUCAGCGCGAGCUGGAGGAUCGCCUUCAGCGCGCAUUGCAUGAGAACAGCAUAUUGAAGCUUCAGAAGAAUGAGCUGGAGGAGAAGCUCAAGAAGGUGCAGACGCAGUUUCGCCGCCUUGCCGCGGACUGGCGUCGGGCGCAGGAGAGUGGCGCAGUGGUACCCCCCGACUCGGCGUCAUCGCCGUGCUCGGCGGCACUACCCGUACGACCCCACUCAGCGGCCGAGGCAGUGAUUCGAGGCUCGCCAGCGGCCCCGUCAUUAAGGCGACUACUGCCUCCGUUGAACCCGAAUCAGCCUGCUCACGUGUCUGCCGGCACGUCCUCGGAGACAGCGAAGCACUUUAAGAAGGAAGGCAGUUCGCCGAACUUCACGACUGCCGCUCCGGGUGUGAGCGAGGCUGAGCUGGCGGCCUGCAAAGCAGCGCUCGCGCAUGCGCAGCUGGAGCUCCAGCAGGUGCGCGCGGCUGCCCUGGCCGCUGCCAAGGCACGAACUACUGCACUCGCUGCCUCGAGCAACGCAACCAUCAGGUCAGCUGACGCCUCCGCAGCCACCUUGGCAGCGGCAAAGCAGGAGGCAGCACAGCUCCGCUCCCAGCUUCAGCAGGUACGCGAGGAGCUCAACGCCGCCCUACUCGGCCAGCAGCAGCUGCAGGUGCAGUCCAGCCAAGCCGUGCAGGGGCUGCAGCAGCAGCUGGAGGCGCACUACCGCGCCUCUAUCGGCACUCUCGCUCGUGAGAAACAGGAGCUGAGUGUGAAGGUUCGACUCAUGGAGGCAGAGAGACAGGCAACAAACACAGUGGAGGCGGGUGGUCCAGACCCAAUGGAAAUGGUGACCCUACACGGGGAGGUGCACCGCAAGGCGAGCGAGGCCACUCUCCUGAACAGUCGCCUCCAGUAUGCGCAAGGACAGGUCGAGACGCUAAAGGGUGAGUGCAACCGGCUCAUCGAGGAACUCAAGGAGGCGCACACAGCCCAUGCUGACACAAAGAGGGCUUUGUUCACGGUGGAGCACGAGGCAGCGUCGCUGCGAACGCGAUGCGGGUCGAUGGACGAGUUGGAGCUGGCGCUGCAGCGCAAAACGGCGGAGUGCACGAAUAUCGAACAGGAGCUGCUGAAGCUCGUUGGCUCGCUGCAGACGUGCCAGCGUGAGACGGAGACGGCAGUCCGCUCUGAGUUUGGCAGUCGUCUCACUGAGGUUCAGGAGAUGCGCGACACGGCGGAGCGAGAGCGACGGGAGGUGGAGCGAAAACUGCUUAACUGCCAGCACGACCUUGCGGAGCUGCGUCGUCGGUUGGAGAGCACGCAGGAGGACCUCCAGCUCUACCGCGGUCAGGUAGCGAAGCUAGAGAAGGAGAAGAGUGUUAUGUCGGCGCAGAUUGCGUUCGCGGGGCACACAGCCACGGCGGCCGCCGCAGCGGGAGCCGACCUCACCGACGACGACGUCCACCGCGCCCUGGCAGUGGCGGCAAUCAAGAAGAGGGGAUCACGGAUACCGAAGCGGGAGGUGGAUAUGGGUGGUGCUGGUGGUGCUACUACUGAUGGAGGCGCCACUGCCACGUCUCAGGGUGCUGCGGACGCCGCCGGUGCGACCCCGGCGAAGGAAGCGAGAGAAGCGCUCGAUCUUUUCGAGGCCCUGUCGUGGGACGGCGACUGGGAGCAGGGCCAGAUGCGCGAGGCUCUGGCCACCGCCGCGAUGGAUCUGGAACUGGCCGAGACGCGCUGUCAACAGAUGGCUGAGCAGGUGGAGCAGUCUCGCGAGAUGCUGCGCAAGGUGAGCGAUGAGCGGGAUAUACUGCUCGAGGAGAGCAUUGCUCUUCGUGGUCGCGUGGCGCAUGUGCAGACCAUUUUCGCCAAACAGCAGCUGCAGGCGUAUCGGGCAGCCGCCACAGCGAGCGGACUCGACGCCGAGGGACUGAUUACCUUUUCUAUUCGCGGGCUGCAGAGCCAGGAGGCGGCCAUGUGCCGUUCCUUGGGCAUUGCCAAUCUGAAAGCCCCUGUCUCAUUCUUUUUCACGCUGGAGGGGCUGGCGGACUACGAGGCGAUGGUGGGGCCGACGCUGCGCGCUCUCGAUGACGUUGUGGACGUGCGCUUCCAAUACGAAGGUCUCGCAAAGGACGCUGUCACGCUGGCGGCCAUCGAGCAGACGACCUUCUGCUUUCAGUUGCACUGUGCCGCCGGCGAGACGAGCCGGCUGGUCGCCAUGGCAGAGCUGCCUGGAGCGUCACUGCUGAAUGCACGCGAGGUCCCGGUGGAAGACACACUGAACCUCAUCGACGGCGAGGGGCAGAAGGUGGGGAGCAUCCUGGUCGAGUUCUGCUGCGCUCGUCUUGUGCUGCCCAUCCUUCUAGGCGCCCCUCUCUCCGACCCACGUGCCGGGGCGACCUCCUUCACUCUGUCUGCGCAAGAGAUCAAAGGGGCGAUGGUGGCGCUGCGCACCGUGUGCUAUCUGCGCAUUCAAGUGUUCCGCGCCGAGGGCCUCGGCGGCUCCGCAGAGGCCGGCACCGCGCCUCAGCCAUACGUCUUCUACACAGCCUCGUCGCCUCUAGGGGCCCUCAACUGCGUGCGGGACACUGUCGUGCACCCCUCUAGCCGCGCCUUUACGACAGACCCUGUGUUUGAUGCGAUGCCAGUGGAUCAUCGUGUCAUUGUCGAUCCGGCGCUGAUUCGGUUUGUGGCGUUUGGUGUCGUCAGCUUCGUCCUAUUUGAUGAGCGCGCUACCAAUGUGCAAUCGAACCUCGGCGUGGUGGAGGUGGCGCUGCGACCGCUGCUAAACUCGCCGCAUGCGACUAUUCGAGUCACGGAGAAACUGCAUCCGCAGGGCACGCUGAGCGUUGGGCUGUCGUGGGUGUCCGGCGUGUGA